AUGAAGUCCAACGCUCUUCUGAUCACAUUCAUCGCCCUGGCUAUCAGUGCUGCUGCUGCACCGCUAAAGCUGGCCAGCUCACAGGAUGCAGGCGCUCUGGUCGAGAGAUCCUACCAGGCUAGACAUCAUCAGGCUAAGGGUGACUAUCACCCUCUCCCACGAGAUCUGCCUGGCAGUCUCAGUGGUGAAGUCACGGUUGAACAAGCGAGGCGAGCGGCGGGCGAUCUUGACCUGACUAAGAACAUCGACCUGACCAACAACAAUGGCGACGACCAGAGUGGUCAAGGAGGCAACACCCAUACAAGCAGCGGCCCAGGCUCAGGUCCGUCUCCAGGGCAGCUGAGCGGAGCCAUUCAGUCCAACAAGGGUAGUGGGCUGACGAUGCCGACUGGCGCUUGUCACAGCAGUGGUGCAUGUGGAACUCAGCCAGACGCCCUCUCCCUCCAGGGUUUGGGGCCUGAUGGUCCAGGGGGUGCAGGCCAGCUUGGUCUGCCUUCCAAGGCGUACGACACUGUUCCCACAAGCAGCGGUGGACCUAGUGCCGACAAUGCCUCUCCCGAUGCCUCGAAGCAGGACACCAACAAUACCACCACGACGUCUCUUACCACGACUACAGCUCCGACUCCAGCACCGGCCCCGACUGCGCCUGUUGUAGGCACACCGCUGCCUAUGAACCUACUAGCAACGGCCUUGAUCGAUAUCAUUAGAGCAUUCGAAAAGGCUACUACCCCCAUCAGCACGGCUGUGACCACUUCGCUCGCAGCCGCACCAACACCUGCACCGGGGCCCACACCUGUCAACACAACCACUCCCGGCUCUGGCAAACCUGGUGACAAUACCCCCGACGAUGCCAAGUCUGCAGACCCGGCAGCUGCCGGUGCAGACUCUGCCGACUCUAGUGUUCAGGAUGCUGCAGGCUCGGGACGAGACUUGAGCGAUACAGACAGCGUCGAUGGGCCUUUCAAGUGGAUCGUGAUGCGCAGCACUGGUGCUGGGAAGCCUGAUGCAGCCUCGGCGAAGAGGACCGUCGACGAAUCCUCGCCCGCUGCUGACAAGGUCCAGGCUGCGAAGAGGCGGAUCUUGGACUUCGACUCCGACGAGUAA